AGAAGCCGAUGCUAUACUUUUUUAAUCUGUUUCGUCAUUGGUUUCCUCACUGCUCUUCUAUGCAUGGUCCUCUUCCGCCCUAACGCGACCUCCCUCACGCUAAAUAGUAUAUCUAGCUCUUUGUUAGCCACGAUGACGACCCAGGCCACGGCAGCGGCAAGGAAGCCCGUUAUAGUCGUGGGAUCCGGUCUCGCCGGUCUGUCUGCGGCGCACGAAGCGCUUCGCGCUGGAGCUACUAUUCGCAUGUUGGACCGCGCACCCAAACCUGGUGGGAACAGCAUCAAAGCCUCAUCCGGAAUCAACGGCGCUGGUACGCGGUUUCAACAACCGCUAGGCAUAACUAAGGAUGACAGUUUCUUCUCCGAUACCGUGCGGUCGGCUGGUGCUAGAUUCGCUGAGAGAAAUCCCCCGGUUGACCGCAAGGUCCUGGUUGAGAUAUUGACAGGACAAUCCGAAAGUGCCGUGAAUUGGCUGGCUGAUGAGUUAAAUGUUGAUUUAAGUGUUGUUGCCCAACUCGGUGGACACUCGGUCCCGCGGACGCACCGCGGUGGAGGGAAACUACCUCCCGGAGCAGCGAUCGUAUCGGCUUUAUUAGAUACGCUGAAGGCAAACUCGAGCUUUUCGUUGGAAAAUUCGGCCGAGGUCGAUAAGUUACUCACCAGCGAUGGUGUAGUUAAAGGGGUCCGCUAUCGUUCCGCAGACGGGCAGACAUAUGAGCUGGAAGGGCCCGUGGUCUUUGCGACGGGAGGGUUCGCAGGUGAUGCUCACGGCUUAUUAUCAAAAUACCGACCCGACCUAGCAGGCAUUCCAUCUACGAAUGAGGCACGACCAGCUUCUCACGGCCUACUCUCCGCAAUCGGCGCCUCAUUCGUUGAUAUGGACAGCGUACAGAUUCACCCGACGGGUUUCGUAGAUCCCAAAGACCCCGGCUCGGCGUACAAGUUCUUAGCCGCUGAAGCUCUACGAGGUGAAGGUGGCAUUCUAUUAUCUGGCGAUGGGACGCGGUUCAUCGAUGAGCUACAGACCCGGGACGUCGUCAGCGCUGCCAUCAUGGCUCUGCCGCACUUGAUAGUCGAUAAGACAAGGCAGUGGGAAGUAAAACUCCUACUCGAUCCCGGUGCAUGCGAGGCCACCGCAUCACACAUAGGAUUCUAUCUCUGGAAGGGUUUAUUACAGAAAAUAAAAGUCAGAGACUUAGCCCCAGAAGUCAUCGCAUCAGUUGACAAGUACGCGACCUUAGUUGCUGCACACGGCGAAGACACGUUAGGGAGAAAGGCAUUUGGGCACUGGAAGUUACCCCCCGGAGAGGCCAAUCGGGACGAAGAGGUAUGCGUCGGGACUGUAACGCCAGUAGUUCACUUUACAAUGGGAGGCGUGACGUUCGAUUCGCAAGCGCGAGUCUUGCGGACAAAAGAGGGUGAACUAGUACCUAUACCCGGUCUAUGGGCUGCAGGCGAAAUUACUGGUGGCAUACAUGGUGCAAAUAGGCUGGGUGGCUCGUCAUUACUCGAAUGCGCCGUUUUCGGUAGGAUUGCUGGCCGUGAGGCUGCGAAGAGCUUAACAAAUGUAUGAUGAUUUGGGGCCAGGUGAAUGUAAAUCUAUUAUAGUUCAGUCUCUACCUAGGGGAGCCGUUGAUAAUAUUAUAUUACAUACGGCACAUAGACAAAAUGGCUGCACAUUCUCGACACUA